AGUGUUUAGGUUAGAACCGAUAAAUGAUAGACGAUCUGACUUACCCCGAGCUGUGGUCCCUUGAAAAGCAGUUGGCGUAGGGCAUGGUCACCGUGGAACGCCAAGCUGAUAAAGCGGAAAUGAAGUUGAUAGCCAAGGAGGAAGCAGAUCCAGACUAUACGGGGUUAAAAUGGGGCGACGAAAACAGAAUUGAGAGUGAAUUUGUUUUAUUGAGAAGAAGAAAAAACUUGAGGAACCAGGCCAGAGAGCUCCGGAUCAGCUCUGUCUCUGGAGAAGGACAAGAGGAGCAUGAUCGUGAAGCACUGCUGCAAAACAUGAAGAGCGAAAUCGAGAGACUCCGGCUUCUGAACGAGAGAUUGAAUGGUAAAGAGCUCGACGGUCUAAAUUACUACGAAUUGGAGAUACUCAGAUGUGAGAUUUCCAUAGGUUGGGGCAAUGUGAUGAGAGAGAGGCUGAGGCGCAGAGAGGAAUCAAUCUCUCGCGGAGAGAUGCUGAAGGGAGUCUCGGGACAGACUGAGCACGGGCAAUCUUCAAUGGACAAUGCCACCACACAAGACCAUAACGUUUAAAGAUGUAUUCUAUAUAUAAACGCAAACACAAACAUAAGUUUCACAAAUGAAAAUGCUUUAUCCUUAAAGAUUUAAUUAAUACUUUUAAAGAAGA